CCCCCAAAUACCCAGAAUUCAGUCCUACUUCCGGGUUUCAUUUGAGUAUUUCUGACAUUAUUUUUAGUGGAUUUAUUUGUUUUAUACAGAUCGUACAGAAUUCAUCACGAUGGCGGCUAAAGGCAAGGCUCAACAGCCGGCUGUUAUACACAAGGUGAUCAUGGUGGGCAGUGGUGGCGUCGGAAAAUCAGCUCUCACCCUACAGUUCAUGUAUGAGGAGUUUGUUGAAGACUACGAACCAACGAAAGCUGACUCCUACAGGAAAAAAGUGGUUUUAGACGGGGAGGAAGUGCAGAUUGACAUAUUGGACACUGCGGGUCAGGAAGAUUACGCGGCUAUACGAGAUAACUAUUUCCGCAGUGGAGAGGGUUUUCUCUGCGUUUUCUCAAUAACGGAACAAGAGUCAUUUCAGGCUACAGCAGAAUUUCGAGAACAGAUCCUACGAGUCAAGAACGAUGACAACAUUCCAUUUCUGUUGGUCGGCAAUAAAGCCGAUUUAGAUGAUAAACGUCAGGUGACCUUGGAGGAGGCAAACCAGCGGGCUCACAGUUGGAGCGUUCCCUACGUGGAGACAUCUGCUAAGACCCGGGCUAAUGUAGAUAAGGUUUUCUACGACCUCAUGAGAGAAAUUCGUUCGCGGAAAAUGAAAGCCAGUCAACAGAACAAUGGACAGAAAAAGAAGAAAAAAGAUGGCCGAAAAAUAAAGUGUACACUUUUGUAAAUAGACUACCUUUGUAGCAACCUUUAGCCAUUCUUUUAAUUCAUCGCAAAAUUUGGACCUUUUUUGAGGACCAAAGACUUCUGUAUUAUAUAUAUCUAUUUUAGUUGUGUUGUAAAAGUGAAGUACCGUGUUUGAUGAAUUUUCUUGAAAUAUGCAUCAUUAUUUGCCUCACUCUGUGUUUUGAGAGGAGGUAUGGUUGCAUAGGUUACAGUCUACUAGAUCUGGAUCAGGUUACAUGCCACUAGAUAUGAAAUAAGGCUACAGACAACUAGAUCUGGAUCUGAGUGAAUGAAAUGUGGACCCUAAAAUUGUGAACAAUUAAUUGGUAAAUUUCUUUUUUCCAAGGCAUAAUGUAAACAAAGUUAGUGCACAGAAUAUUAAAAAGAGAUUGAAUGGUGGACUUCAGCAUAUAAGAAGACAUAACAGGACACUAUUCAAACAUAAUUAAAGAGUUUGUUUACAGCCUAUAUUGUUUAUGAUUUUCUGAUAGUCCUAAAUAAUUUGUUGUUUCAUUCAUUUUCACGACAAUGUCAGAUGUGUACAUGAUGGUUGAAUAUUAGCUGCCCCUAAUCAUUAUUAUGUUUACUUGUAAAAAUGACCAAUCACUAAUCACUUACUGUUCUUCAUGAUAAUAAAUGUUUCGUGAAGUAUGUGCAUGUUAACUAAUACAGAUAAAGACCAAUAGAUAGUAACAAUAUAAUUUUUCAAUAAAAUUAAACAAUUGAUGGCAAUAUUACAUUUUUUAAGAGAAGGCAUUUUAUAUUUCCAAAAUCAUGGUCAAUUUUGUUGCAACAACCCUUAAUUAAAAUUCCAGUAGAUUCGUUACCAUUUCUUUAACUCUUUAUUUUACAAAUUUCGGUCUGUACGGUACUCUUUGAAAUACCCAUACUUACCAAAUGUGGCAGAUGAUAACGUUGCUCACAAUUAGCAUGAUCUAAGUUGUGGUUUAAAAUGCUAAAUAUUUAGUAUGUAUUGAAUAUUUAUUGUAUUUAUUCCAAUUAUAUUUAUACAAUCAGUUUUGACAUACUUCUUUUAUUAUAUAUAUAUAUGUGAAACCAGUAUCAUAAUAUUUUUUAUUUCACCAGUGUACCGAUAUGGGCCCAUAAUAUUAAUGAUAUAAACAGUUAGUAUCAAAUUUUUAUACCAAUACAUAUAUUGUUUUCCGUAUGUUUAAUUUGGAUGAAAUGAGAUUUUAAUGUUAUGUGAAACAUGCUUACUUUUAAACCUGAUUGGCAACCAUGGUACUUUCUUCCGUUACACUUCAUACAUACCGUGGGACAAUUGCCUGACAAAACCUUGUUUUAAUGAAUAUGCAUGAGGCAGGAGAGACAACUCUUCUUGCAAUGAAUUUGCAUGUUAAACUCAAAUAUUGUUCAAUAACUAUACAGUGUCAGUAGCCUCCGUGGCCAUACGGUCUUGACUACCACCAAAUAUUAUUGUACUAUGAAGGCGGACCCUGUUCCGCUGCGGCAAUCGCCAAAAUAUUUUUCAACCGAAAGUAUCUGGUACUUUGGGGAACCAAUGAAACUGCCUCAUAAUUUAUUCAUUAUUACAAAAUUUUCUUAGCCAAAUUGCCCAUGGUACUCAAUGAAGCAUACCGUAGUGUGUAUCUUGGGUAUCUGAUGAUGGCCUACUAAGAAAUUUAUGUGUUACAUUGUCAUUAUGUAAACUGAAUUGUAUUUUUGAAUAAUGUUUUCUGUUUUCCUUAUUUUUAAAUGUUUUCUAGAUGAUCACAUAAGCUUCUUCAAACGUUAUCAAACACAAACUAGUGAUACACUUCUUGAACUGUUUAUAUCAAAACAUUAUAAAUCCUUAAGUUUUUAGAUCAUUUUGAUCAAAAGAACUUAUUUUAUUCCUGGACUUUGUCGAUUUAGAAUUGAAUUAUUUUGAUAAUUCAUACACUUCAAUUGCAUAGAUAUCUUUAUGAUAGUUCUUAAAAUGAACUUGGUUGCCAUUAAAGGUAAUUUAUUUAUGUUCAUCACUUUUGUUAAAUUUAAAGAAAUAAGAAAAUGACAAGAUUUUGCAAUCUACCCCGGUACUGAUAAUGCCUUAAAAUUUUGCACAAUUUUUAUUUUGUAAAUGAUGUUUUAACAAUAUCUGAAUAAUUUGUUUUGCUUUAAUUUUCUAGCAAAACUGGUCAUGAAACGAUGUUCAAUUUUACUCAAACUUACCAGCAACUCUGUUAUGGUAUGAUAGGUGUAGGAAAUUUUUUGAAAGGGAAGUAACCCAUGCUGCUUAUGUUCUGUGUUGUAUGUAAGAGUGCUCUAACUUACAGUGCAAUAUUGUACAAUGACCUCACUGCAUUGUGGUGGCAUAAAGCUUUGUGCCUUUUUCUGUUUUGUUUCCCAUGUUUUCACUACUACUCAUAUGUAUUAAUCAUUUUCCUUAUGCAUUGGUUGAAUGGUAAGAGCUGGUAUUCAUAAACAUCUGAAGUCCUAACUCAAGUCAUUUUCCGAGGUUAAGUUUCUCUUGUCAUAUGAUAUUAUAUUUUGAAAAUGUCAAAAGGCUUAAUUUGUACAGACUAAAUUGAAAAUCGGAACUUUAAUGUGUAAAAAAACUUAAAAUCAAUAUCUUUUACUUUGACUUAGAAAAUUGGGAGAAAACAUCAUAGGUUAGGAAGUGGCUUAAGUUGUUUUACAAUACCAGCCUAGAAUUUUACUGAUAUUCAGGAGAUCAGAAAAAUCUGAAGUAAGCAAAACAAAACGAAAUGUAUAUAUAUUAUCUCAUUGUAUUGUUAGCUAUGUUACCAUGAAAAUGUUACAUUGAUACAGCAAACAUACCGCAUAAGUCUUGACAUUACUUUUAAAGAGAACUCAGGCCACAAUUUCUCAAACUAUCUUGUCAUGAGCAUAACAGGAUUGAGAAUCAUAUUUCAUUUAGCAAGAUUACUUUCUUAACCUGGAUUUUAUAAUCAUAGCCUAUCAGGAUUUUCUUUAAAAUAAUUACCUCUAAAAGCCUCAAAAUCUUAAACAAGAGAAAAUCAAACAAUUUAUACUGAGAGAAAAAUUGGUUGAGCUUGAUCCAGUCAUAAGGAAGUUAAGAUUGCUCGAGCUGUUGGGGCCUGUUGUAUUAUUCUAUAGGUAUGAAGUCAAGUACCGGUAAAAGAAAUCAAGUAAAAAUACCAAUUAUGUUUAAUCUUCCUUUAUGGCAAAUACAAGAAUUAGCUCAGUGGUAUGUUAUAUUUUGUUUUGUUUUAUUGAAUCACUCUCUCAUUUGAUAAAAUGCUGACAGACAAUGCUGAACAUUCUCAUUAACAUAGACCGCUUAAGUUUGGUAUCAAUAUCGAGAUCACAUCACAGAAAUUGGGCUGAAAGAUGUUUUGGUUUUGGGUGAAAAUGAGAUAUGACAUGAUUGUUAGAGUUCAUAAGUCUUUUAAUGUUCAAUUAAUUCUGAAUGCAAUAGUAAUUGUUUUUUUCUAAAUUGAGGCUUCUAUCUUAAAGCUUGUGAUAUGAUAUUUGCUGAGAUGUACUAAGUUUUUAUUGUUUUAUUCAGUUGUAUAGUAUUAUAUAUAUAAUAAUGUGUAAAUUUACAUUAUCAUUUUAGCUCAUAUAGUGACCAUUUUCAUGAUUCAUUUGUAGUUAUUCGGUCCACAACUUCAUUUAUUCAUUGUAUAGUCAGUAGUCACCCCGCAUUACAACAUUUCACCAUGUAUGAUAGCGGUUCCUUUGUUUUUGUCUUCACAUUAGCUCCAAUAACAUACAUUGUAAAAGUAACAAGUAGAACUGGGUGUAACUGUUCUAUAAUUGAUGUGAGGAUAAGUUACGAUGCUAUUCACUUAUACUACAUGCUUGUUAUGAGCUUUGCCCUCGACCAUAUGCUUCAAAACUGUUACGGCACCCACAACUAGAAGUCUUGAAAUUAUACUCGAGCUCUUCGACAGGGUGCAUAAUUUUCAUCACGAACGUUGCGGGUGUUUUCACUAUAACUUAUUAUACCUUUACAGUAAAUGGCAUUUAAUUUCAGUUAAUUCAGCUACAUUUCGAAAUCAAACUUUAGACAUUUUAGAAUUGUAGCUUAAAUAAUUGUCUUCCAGUUUCAAUGUACUAACAUAACCACAAAUUUUACUGGUAUUGAUUAUGGAGUUCUCAGUGUAACAUCGGCUUAACUCCUUCUAGUUUCAUCUGGAGUUAUGUCCCUCUUUUGCUAAGCCCUCGAUAGGGUUAACUUACAUCAAUAGAAAUUCAAUCAUUUACAUAUAAAAAUUCAACUUUCAACUGGCCAAGAUAUUUUGCAUUAUUAGUUACCAUAGUUUUGUAAAUAUAAUAGUGUUUAGAAUUACCGUAUAUGUUACAGGGUUUUACCAUAAAAUAUCACCACUGUUGUGUGUCAUACCAUUUUAGAUCUGAGAUUUAUUAAAGUAUGAAAUGUCUAGCAAUUAUUAAUUUUUCCUUUUCCAUUUUUUUUAUUAAUUUUAGCCAUAAUUGUUGAAAAAACUACCCACUUUUGGAUAGUUGAAUUGCGAUUUUAUUGUAAUUAAUUUGGAGCUGAUCAAGCCAGGCAGAUCUAGGUAAUGUAAAUGUGGCAACAGACAGUUACCUGCGGAAACAACUAUAGUGAUUCUCAUAAACAUAUAUUAUUCUAUCAUUUAUCAAUGAGGUUUUUUAAUUUUGUGAGUGUAAAGUUCUUUGCUGCCAUGCCUUUUGACAUUAAAAUCUCAUACAGGUAGCAACAGAAGCAUGUGUCAAGAAGUUUUUCAUGUGUGUAUUAUUCAGAAAAGUAGUUGCUUACUAUUGUUCUUUAAGGCUUUCAAGUUCCAUUUGUUUAUGUCAUCCCAGCUGGCUUACCAACAUUUCUAACUUAAGGCUUAAACUUGUUAUAUUAAAACUUGUGUUUUUUAUACAAAGCUGAUUUAACAAGUAUGUUCUUAAACAAGUUAAUGUAUUUCUGCAUCUGUGAUCCAGGUAGGAAAUAGCUUCUAGGAUUUUUGAUCAAUCAGUCUCUAAAAAGGGUCAUUGUACCCCUAAAACAAUAGCUAAAAACUAUGGCUUAUUUAAAAUCCAAUUACAGCAAAUGGAAUGCAGUUGGUGACAGUUAUAUUUUUUGGCGAAAAAAGUGUUAACACUCUUUAAAAAAUAAAAAUAUGGCAGUAGCUGACAAAUUAGAAAGGAAAGGAAUAAGCCUUUUAUAACAUGCUUAAGGUUGUUGGAGAAAUCAGCUUUUGGUUCUCAUUCAUUGAAAUACUCUCUGAGAAUAAAAUGUUCUGCAUAAUUGGCCUGAAUUGUUUGAGGAAAUUUCAUGUGUUCUUACUUGUUUCAUUUCAUCUAUGAAUGUCUUAUUAUAUGAUGAACUUUUGUAUAUUUUAAUGCAUUACUGAUUAAACAUUAUUUGCAUAUUUUUACCAUCAUUAAAAGUUAUUAAACUGAAAA